UCAGGCGGCCUAACAAACGUUUGUGCACUGUUUUCCUAUUUUUAUACAUACAUACAUACAUAUAUAAAAUAAACAAUUCGCCAAGAUGUCUUAUAUGCUACCGCAUUUACACAAUGGCUGGCAGGUGGACCAGGCAAUACUGUCGGAAGAGGAUCGUGUGGUCGUAAUACGUUUUGGCCACGAUUGGGACCCGGCUUGUAUGAAAAUGGACGAGGUCAUGUACAGCAUUGCCGAGAAGGUGAAAAACUUUGCCGUCAUUUAUUUGGUGGACAUUACGGAAGUGCCGGACUUUAAUAAAAUGUACGAAUUGUAUGAUCCGUGCACAGUCAUGUUCUUCUUCCGCAAUAAACACAUCAUGAUUGAUUUGGGCACCGGCAAUAACAACAAAAUCAAUUGGCCAUUGGAGGACAAACAAGAGAUGAUCGAUAUUGUGGAAACGGUGUAUAGAGGCGCGCGUAAAGGUCGCGGUCUGGUUGUGUCGCCGAAGGACUACUCCACUAAAUAUAGAUAUUAAGCUGAUUUUUGCCAAUCAACUAGUCGUAAUUUAAAUACCAAUUUACUAUUAAACGCACUGAUUCAACCAAAAUGCCCAUCGUUAUAAAUUGUUCAAUAUAUGUA